AAGUCAUGGCAAACAAAGUGUCGUCGGAGCCUAACGUUAAACAACUUUUGCUUGAAUGCCGUGAGGCUAUCAAAACAGCUUAUAUCCCGUACAGCAAGUUUGCUGUCGGGGCCGCCGUCGAGACUAUUGACGGUGUCAUAUAUAGAGGCUGUAAUAUAGAGAACGCGGCCUAUACUGGCUGUAUAUGCGCUGAACGUACGGCGAUGUGUAAAGCCGUGUCCGAUGGCAUCACUCAAUUCAAGGCGAUAGCCAUUACAUCCAAUAUGCCGGCGCCUGAUCUCAUAGUACCCUGUGGUACGUGUCGACAGUUUAUUCGCGAGUUCUCAACUGAUUUGACGAUAUAUUUGGUUAGACCUGAUCUCACAUACGAGAAGACAUCGUUGGAAGCAUUGCUUCCGAAAUCUUUUGGACCACAAGAUCUGGAGAAAGGGGUCGGAAAGUAAGUGCUGAGAGAGAUAUAGAGAAGAUCCAGGGAUAUAAAUGUAGUACAAUCUAUGAUUUUGUGGUCAAUUUAAUAGUAUUUGGAUUAUAGUUCAAACUUUUACCAAAAUAAAGUAAAACAUAAUCAUUUUAUUUACAUUUUAUUUAUUAAUUAUAAUAAGUUAUAUAUAAAUUAAACCAAUUUAACAAAUAAAUCAUGUCUUAUAAGAAAUAUAGAAAAUUAAAGAUCAAGC